UAAUGUGUAAUUGGAAUUAAAUUUCGUUAUUUAAGAAAAAAUUAAAAUAAUUCGAUAAUGGCGGAAAAAAAUUCCACAUGUUUAACACCAAGGUGGCGUCAAUAUGCGGCUGUUAUUAUAUCAACCUUUGCAAUGUUUGCAUCUGGUAUGCAUUAUUCAUGGACAUCUCCAUCUUUACCAAAAUUAUUUAGCAACGAUUCCACAAUUCGAAUCAACACUGAACAAGGUUCAUGGCUAGCAUCAAUCAGUUUAUUAGGAGAUUUAAUCGGUGCUCCAGUCGGAGCAUUUAUAGCCGAUUAUCUAGGACGAAAAGAAGCUGUAUUUUUCAGUGUUACACCAUAUUUAAUUGGCUGGAUAUUAAUUGCCGUGGCUGAAUCAUAUCCAAUAUUACUUUUAGCCCGUUUCGUAGUGGGUAUAGGUGAUGGCUCUUCAUAUACAAUCUUACCCAUGUACAUUGGUGAAAUCUCCGAUAAUGAUAUUCGUGGUCGACUCGGGAAUUUCAUUCAAGUAAUGGCAGAUUUUGGUGCACUAUGCUUAUAUUCAAUCGGACCAUUUGUCUCGAUAAAAACAAUGGCGGUAAUUUCGUCAGUGAUACCUAUUUUAAUUUAUAUUGUAUUUCCAUGGUUCCCAGAAUCCCCGUAUCAUUUACUAAUCCAUGGUGAUUAUGAUAAAGCACGAAAAGUUUUACAAAAAUUUCGUGGACGUAUGGAAGUUGAUAAUGAAUUAAAAGAAAUGAAUAAAAUUGUCGUAAAACAAUCCGCUAUGUCCAGCAGUUGGAAAGAAUUAUUCGUAACAAGAAGUAAUUUGAAAGCGUUGCUAAUUUUAAUGGGAUUAAAAACCAUUCAACAAUUCAGUGGAAUUUCUGUGGUUUUAGUGUACACGGAACUUAUUUUCGAAUCUGCGACACAUAAUGGAUUAUCGCCAAGUAUAUCAGCAAUUAUUGUUGGUGCCGUACAACUUGUGUUCAGUUUCUUCUCAGCGGUCGUUGUUGAUUAUGUUGGUCGCAAACCAUUAUUGAUUGCAUCAAGUUUAGGAUGUGCUAUUUGUUUGGGAGGUCAAACAUUGUAUUUUUAUUUCCAAAAUCAUCCAAAUAUUGAGUAUUUCCAAUGGUUGCCAAUUACUUCCAUGAUUGGGUACAUUAUAAUGUACAGUUAUGGUUUGGGAGCACUUCCAUUUAUGAUGCCAAGUGAAUUGUUUCCAACGAAUAUUAAAGCCAAAGCAUUGUGCAUUAUGGAUGUUUAUUUAGCUCUGGCGGCAUUUGUUGUAAUUAAACUGUACUAUCCGACUGCCAUGAUGUUUGGAUUUUAUGUUCCUUUUGCAUUUUUCACAUUUUCAUGUUUAAUUUCCAUAUUCUUUAUUGUGUUUUGUGUGCCAGAAACAAAAGGACGUUCGUUAGAUGAAAUCCAAGAGAUUUUAAAAGGUAAAGGUAUCAAGGGUAAUCAAACUGCCCCAUGUAAAUGUUAGAAAAAACAAACAAAAAUAAAACUGUAAAAGUGAUUAUAAAAUAACGACAAAUUUAAUUAAAUGGUGUAGAAAAAAUAUGUACAAUUCGAAAAAUCGGGAACUUGAAUAGUUGUAAUGUGCCAAAAACUUGUGAUAAAUGUGCCAUGUUUGUUUCAUACCCAACAUAAUCGUACUGGUAAAAGACAUUUUAACUAGUUCCACUUAGAUUAAUAGUUAAAAAGACAUGGUUUUCCUGAGUCUCAUUUUAAUGAGUUCAACAUCUGCUUGGAGAUAGUUUUGUGUUUUCGUUAUAGAAUUAUAGACUACAAGUCCAUGCUAAAAAUUUUCGGGUGAAAUGACCCGCCUAGAAUCAUAUUGAAAAAGAUGCUCCUAUAUGAAAGUAAGUUUAAGCACUAUGUGCUUAACUCUCACCCCUACACCAGCAAAUAUGUACGGCAUUGCUUGAUACUAACUCUGCAUAAGUAUUCGAAGCGAACUACAUAAAUUACAUACAUAAAUGUUUGAUCUAAUGUCAAUUUCCAAAGCCCCGCAUGAUUUAUUUCUGUUUGGCAUUUAUGUAAUUCCCUUCGGCAACGCCGUACAUAUUUGCUGAUGCAGAAGUGAGACACUAAGGGGUGUGAUAUUUAUAUUCUCACCUGUACUCUCCUGUACCGCGAAAAACUGACGCCAUGGUGCUUAAACUUACUUUUACAUAUAGGAGCAUCUUUUUCACCCCAAAAAUUGUAGCAUGGGCUUGUAGUCUAUUAUCAGAAGACUUUGAAAUUUUUAAUAGUCAAAAAAUUUAUGAACUUUAAGUUGAAAAUCAAUGUGCCUUACUAUUUCUAGUCUUCAGAAGUUUAGAAUAAACCACCUUAAAAUUUCAAUAAUUUUAAUCACCAAGAUUGGGACUCUAUAACCUAGAUUAGAUUUUUAAAUUACGAAUUUAGUCAAGAUCUCAUCGCAAAGGGUUUAAUCAUUAAUCUUAAAUUAAUUAUUUAUAAAUAUGAUUCAUUAAUGAAGCUGUAAAAAAAAAUUCAAUAUAAUAGAGCGGGCACUAGAAGGAGUAUUCGUUUGCAAAAUACGAUGAAAAAAUGCAAGGUUAGCUAAGCUUGCAUUUUUAUUCCAUACAAUCCAAAGAAUGAGGAAUUCCACGGUGAACUUCUUUUUGACAGCUGUGAAAUGUAAACUUUUUGAACCAAGUAAGGUAAAUCUAAAAUUAUUACUUGGAGCAUUUUACGUCAAAAACCAUUUAUUGUGAUAUUUUCGUAUCUGCCACAUGCCCCAUUUCCGAAAUAUUGACAUUUUAAUAUUUGGAAAAACUUCGAAAGAGCCAUUUUCCAAUAUGAAAAACGAUUCUUUGAACAUCGGAUAAAUUUCUGAAGAGUAAUUACCGAUUACUUCAGAUUCCUCAAUUUUUAAUCCUGAAAAAUAUGGUAUAAUUCCCAUUAAUAACAUAAUGUAAAACAGGGAUAAUGUACUUUCAAUCUGAGGCUUUGCAAAUUGCGGCCUCAGAAUCUUAGGUUCAAAAACUUGUCAAAAAGAAAAAUUGAUUUAUAAAGAAUUAGAUCAGAUUUUAACCUGAAAACAUGGCUCGUGUCAUUCUUUGGGGUAUCCAGAAUAAGAAUGCAAGGUUAGAUAAUGGUUCUCGUAUUUUGAACAAGAAACUUCUUUCAACGCCGGUUCUAUGAAAUACAUCUUCAUAUAACUGGAUAGAGAAUCUCAUGUUUUAAAAUGGAUCAAAUUUGAAGUAUAAACCAGCACCUCCAAAUGAGUGGAUAGAACUAAAAA